CCCCCCGGGUCGUGAAUCGCUCUGUGAAGAGUGAAGAUGCUUAUCUCACUACUUCAGCCACCGAAGCUGAAACUAACGAGCUGUGAUGUCUCCUGCGGAACUUGUUUCCCUGCUUCAGCUCGUCCUUUACCUUUUAUUACUCUUCCAAGUUCAUGUAGCCGAUGGCGACCUGAAACCUCGGCCCUGGUUGCCACAACCAGUCGAAGUGGCCGAAGUGAUGAACACCAGAAAUUGCAGAAAGAAUUUGAAGAAGAUGACGAAGAUGAAGAUGAAAAUUAUGGAGGGGUUUCUUCUCGGAAUAGUUUCAGAAGGAGAGAAGAAGAGAAGGAUUAUGACCGAGACCCUGAAUUCGCUGAAAUCCUCGGUGGUUAUUUCGAUAACCCAGAAAAAGCUCAGGCCCGAGUGGAGGAAAGAAUAAGAAAGAAAAGGAGCAAGAUACUGCACACUAAAACUGGUUCUUCUCUACCCAUGAAGGUGACAUUCAACAAAUUUGAUUUUUCAAACUCAUAUAUAUGGUUGGAAUUUUACAAUGCUCCAUUACCAAAUGAUAUCUCCUUAAUUUGCAAUGCAGUAAGAUCAUGGCACAUAGUUGGACGUCUUGGUGGAUGCAAUUCCAUGAACAUGCAGCUGUCACAGUCUCCUUUGGAUAAAAGGCCAAGUUAUGAUGCAAUUCAAGGAGCAAAUGUGACACCUACCACAUUUUAUAACAUCGGUGAUUUUGAGGUUCAAGAUAACUUAGCGCGCAUAUGGGUUGAUAUUGGGACUAGUGAACCAUUGCUUUUGGAUAUUUUGAUAAAUGCCUUGACACACAUAAGUUCAGAUUACAUCGGAAUAAAACAGGUGGCUUUUGGGGGAUCUGAAUUUGAGAACUGGAAGGAGAAUUUUACAUCAGAGGAUGCUGGUUGCAGUGUUCACAAGAUCUAGAUCGCCAAUGCCUAAGGAAUUUCGAUGGCUAAUCUCUGUAGACAGAUUAAUGAGUAGGGAAAGCAAAGAAUGACAUAAACCUGUUUACACUCUCCCGGUAAUCUUGCUGGUCUGUGUAGUUCAGGUUAUAACCAUUGAUGAUGAGGAGGUGGAGGGAAAUUUUGUCUGAAGGAUGUAAACUUGGGUUAGAAAUGUAGAUGUUUGAGCUGUUUGAUCGUGACUGCAAUUUCAAAUA